GGGCGCUGGUUGCAUUAAAAUGACCGGAAAUACGUCCCGCUUUAUUUCCAGCGAAGAAGAGAAAGUAAAGCUCAACAUGGCGACCCCCAUGCACAGAAUCAUAGCACGGAGGCAGGCGGAGGCAAACAAACAACAUGUGCGCUGCCAGAAGUGUCUGGAGAUGGGACACUGGACGUAUGAAUGCACAGGGAAGAGGAAAUACGUUCACCGACCAUCCAGAACGGUGGAGAUGAAAAAGAAACUUAAAGAGAAUGAAAACAAACCUCUCAGCAUCACUGGACCAGGAAGUGAAGGCACCAAUGAAAAGAAAGUGAAGAAGAAGGCUAAAGACUCCAGCGACAGCAGCAGUGAUUCAGACGGCUCCUCAAGUGACUCAUCGUCAGACAGCAGCGACUCCUCCAGCUCCUCUUCAGAUGACAGCGACAGCAGCAGUGACAGCGACGAUGACAGCUCUUCCUCAUCUUCCUCUUCCUCCUCCUCCUCGUCUUCAAACAGCUCAGGCUCAGGAAGCAGCAGCGAUUCAGAUCAAGGACCCCCGAAGAAGAAGAAAAAGAAGAAAUGAAUGUGUUAGGGUUUUUUUGUUUGUGCAUAAUUUUCUUUCCCUUAGUUUGAUCGUACUUGCUUCUGAAGGGGACGGGACAAUGUUUGUACAGCCUUUACAAAAUGAUGGAGAUUAGAAAGAAGUGUCUCAUGAUGUUUUUUAAUUUGUAAUUCCCCUUUAAGCCUAGUGUGUUCCUUCCUCAACUUUGUAGGUGGACUGAGGAUACAUGUUUUAAAUAUCUAAGGAAACUAAUGUGCAUAUUCAUGUUGAAUUAGUGAUUUUGUACUAAAGUAUAUUUUUAGUCAAACCUGACCUGUAGCUCCCAGUCUUAAUAAAGCAGCACCAUCACUAGUAUUGAAAAAGAAACUCUGAUAUGAGACGUUUUUGAAGAAUACCAAAUAAAUGUUCUGUUUUUAAAAUUUUACAUAAGUUUGUAGCUAGAAAGUACUGUUGCUUUAAAAGUGUUUAACUGCAAAAUAAACUUGUUUGGGGGUUUUAAA